CACUCCUCCAAUCCCUUCCUCAAAAUUCCACAAUCAGUUUCAACUCUUAUUACUGUAAGAAAUUAAAAUCAAGAGAGAGAGAGAGAGAGAGAGAGAGAGAGAGAGAGAGAGAGAGUUAGUUGCGAUGGAGAAUUUCUUGGGUUUGCUGAGGAUUAAUGUAGUGAGAGGAAUGAAUCUUGCAAAGAGGGAUACCAACAGCAGUGAUCCUUACGUCACCAUCACCAUGGCCAAACAGAAAUUGAAAAGUCGUGUGGUGAAGAAAAAUGUGAAUCCAGAGUGGAAUGACGAACUUACCCUCUCUAUUGAGGAUCCAAAUCUCCCUAUCCAACUCAAAGUUUACGAUCGAGACAUAUUCAGCCCGGACGACAAAAUGGGAGAUGCAGAAUUCGACAUCAAACCAUUUUUUGAAGCUGUAAAGAUGCGGUUAGGUAAUAAUAUUCCGAGUGGAACCGUGAUCACAAAGGUAAUUCCCAACAGGGAGAAUUGCUUGGCUGAGGAAAGCGCCAUCGUGUGGGAAAAUCAACGAGUUGUCCAACACAUGAUUUUGAGGCUUCGAAAUGUUGAGUCCGGUGAAAUUGAACUCAACUUGCAUUGGAUCAACAUUCCCGGCUCGAGAGGCUUGUAAGUAAUUAUAAUGUUCGAAAUUGCUUUGUAUGUAAUUUGAUCCGUUGCUAUAGAUUAUGUUGUCGAAGAAUAAUUCGAAGAUGGAUAUUUAUUACUUAAGAACUUGUAAAAUGUUGUAAGAAGAGAGUUUGUCUGUUUUGUGUUUUAUUUGUAUUUUUAUGUGAUUUUCA